AUGGCGAUCUGUACAGUCCAAGUGACAAAUAUCUGCCCAAAGGCCUCCUAUCGACAGAUGAAGGAAUUGCUCAGUUAUCUAGGAGACAUUGACGAAAUUAGACUGUUUCCUGAGGAUGAGGAUCGUAUUGAUAUUCCUUCUAAAGUAUGUUUUGUCACUUACAAAGAAAGAUCAUCAGUUGAAACAGCAUUACAUCUUUCUAAUACAAUAUUCAUAGAUCGAGCUUUAAUUAUAUCUCAGUCACGUUAUGAAGUUAUUCCAGAUGAAUCAGUUGCCAUGUCAUUAGCUGCUCCUGCUGUAGCAGUAGCAAACCCUGCCCUAUUUGGUAACUCUAACUCCACCCCUUUACUGCCGACUCCACAAAGCAGUCUUCUAGGAACACCACAAGCACCAUUAUUGCAGAAUCCACUGGCUAGUGCAAUAGAGCAGGCACAGGCUGUAGCAACCUCUAUAUCAGCAAAUUUACAAUCAUUUGAUGAUGUUAAUAAUUCUGCCCAGAAUUCAGCUGUGCUCAGUGUUGGAGGCUCUGUUAUUCCAUCGACUCCUACUAUUACCGGCAAUGUUGAUCCAACAAAGAUUGAUGAGAUAAGAAGGACUAUUUACGUCGGGAAUUUAAGUAGCACGUUAUGGGUUUUUUUCCAAACUUGUGGUGAAAUUCGUUAUGUUAGAAUGGCAGGAGACGAAACCCAACCCACUCGGUUUGCCUUUGUUGAAUUUACCAAUCCAGAGUCAGUUCAAAUAGCUCUACAAUACAAUGGAGCUAUGUUUGGUGAUCGUCCCAUCAAAGUCAAUCACAGCAAAAAUGCUAUAGUUAAGCCACAGGGAAAAACACCUGAAAUGGCACAGAGAGAAGUCGAUGAGGCAAUGAGGAAGGUACGCCAGGCAACUCAUGCUAUAUCUACUGCUAUUGAACCAGAAGUCGCUCAAGGUAAUUUUGACCUUUAAGGGACUGCUUCUUUAAUUACAUUUCUAAUUAGGUCUCGAGAACGCAGGAGAUCUAGAUCACGGGAUAGACGGAGGCGAUCUCCCUCUCGUGAGAGAUAUCGUCGACAAAGUCCUUCGUGGUCUCCUCGUCACCGUGGUUACUCUCCCUAUCGAGUGAUAGUCGCAGAGGAGGUUAUCGGGAUAGAAGAUCGCGUUCCAGGUCCCCUCCUCGUCAAUAUUACUCCCAUCGUCGAAGGGAAGGUACAUUAUUCUGAUAAUAGUCCACUCUCAGGACAAGAUGAUGACCGACACAGCAGUCCCUCUUCAGACUGA